AUGGUCUUCCUCGAGAGUCUCCAGCCACACCCCGAAUUCUGGGUUCUCCUCAAGAUGCCUCCCAAGGCCGCAUCCCGAGGCCGGAAACGCGCAGCACUCGUCGCGUCAGACGCGUCGCAACCUGAACCGCCAGCGCUGCCACAAGAUGUCAACGAAGAGCUCAGCUUUGAGGGCCAGGUCCAGAGCACCCCCAAACCACGAGGGCGACCUUCGAGAAAUAAGCCGUUUGCGCAAUCGGUCCCUACGCCAGAACCACAAUCGGCCCUGAUCCCAGAACCGCACACGCGCCGUCGCGGAAGACCAACACGCGCGAAGAACCAAGAGACCAACACCGGCAACCAGACCAGCCAGGACGAUGGCCCUGCCGCUGCAACAGUUACUGCCAGCAAAGCACAUGUGACAGCUGAGCCAUCCGACGGCUCGCGAAAGACGAUCAACGACGAGACACACAAGACUGACCAGCAAGCUCGCAAGAGGAAACGUGGGCGACCCUCGCUCGCCGAAACCGCUGCCGAGACGCAGCUACGGCAAGAGGACGAACCGCCAGAGCCUCGAAGGACUCAGAAGCGCAAACGAGGGCGACAGCCUGCCGAAGAAAAAGAACAAGCACAAGGCGAACCUUCCGAAGCUCGUACACGACAACCACCUCCAUCAACCACAGCCGAGGCUUCAGCAAUCGAGACAGAUCCGCCAGCGAAGAAGUCGAGAGGGCGUCCGCGCCGGAGCGACGUCUCUCUGCCAUUCGAUCCACCACCACCAUCACAACCAAAACCAAAGCCAAGACGCCGGCCCCGAACCUCCAACAUAUCCACUGCCGAACCCCCGCAAUCGCCCAAACCCAAGAACAAGAGCAAGGCACCACGGCCCUCGACCGAUGUCCCAACCGCCGAACCCGCAACCAAGAAGCGUCGCGUCACCGCAGACUCCAUAACCGACGCCCCUGCUCCUCCGAAGCCCUCGGCGCGAUACCGCUACAUCGGCACCAAACCAGCCUCGAUUCCGCGCUCCAAGAUCGAAGCAACCUGGAUCCCGCUCCCGGCCCCCUCCAUCGCCAUCAUCACGUCCCUCCUCCAUCUCGCCGAGCGGCCCGUCCUCCAGCGCCUCGCGGCAAAUACCAAACGCCGCGACCACGCCGCCUUUGCCCUCCGCACCGUCUCGCACAACCUCGCCCGCAAGCUCGCCCGCCGCUUCCCCUUCCCGCCAGCCGCCUCCGGCGCCCCCAGCCGCACGCGCGCAGCGGGGCCAGCAGCAGCCCGGGACACCGACCCCUGCGACGAGGAGCUUGACUACGAGCGCUGCAUCGACGCCGUCAAGGCCCUCGAGCGCACCCAGACCGGCCUCCUGCACGGCAACGCCCUGCUCCGCGCUGAGGUCGCUCGCGAGGAGGCCGCCCUCGAGAAGGAGUACGCCGAGCUCGAGGCUCUGGAGACGAAUGCCCGCUCCGAAAUUCGCCGCCUCCGCGAGGACGCGCGCAAGGCGCACCCGCUCGUGCCUGACGGGCGGGGUAAGCCCACUGUCAUCGAGUCGCGUCCUGCCGACAGGACGCUUCACGUGGCUGAUGCGCCGCCGCGGGCGUUGUUCCAGGACAUUGAUGUGCCUGGUCUCGAGGGCAUUGGUGCCCGCCUGGGCAGUCAUAUGGAGAGUCUGCGCGCCAACCUGCAGCCCGUCGAGAAUGUCGUGCCAGAGAUUGCACGGAGCAGAGCGGUGCUGCGAGAUGUAUUGGCCCAGCAUCUUGAGCCGCAGCAGUUCCAGCAGGUUUUGCUCGGAUAG